AUGCCUGGAGAAAAGAAUGGCGAUAUUUCGAACACCAUUCAGGUCUCAUCGAGCGAUGGCAGCCAUGAGCAAGCGACAGGUUCAAUUCGCAGGUCUUCUCAGCAGCCCAAGGUCGUUGACCAAAGGGAAACCGAUGAUACAACAUACUUCUACAACACAAACAAGGAUCAUGUUCGGCCUUUGACACCCGAGCUGGAAGGCAAGCUGGUUCGUAAGAACUUUUGGUAUCUCCUAAUACAGACAUGGUGGAUUUCGUUCCUCAUCCAUUUGGAUAAGUCGACUCUUUCAUCCGCCAGUACAAUGGGUAUUUUUGACGAUGUCAAAAUGACCAAGAACGAGUAUAAUCAGCUUUUUAUGUUGUUCUAUGCCGGAUAUCUUAUCGCACUCUGGCCUGGUGCUUGGAUAUCGCAGCGAGUGGGCCAUAAAUACUUCAUCACUGGAUCUCUCUUUCUCUGGGCUUUGCUUCUGGGUGUACAUCCAGCUGUAAAGACUGGAAAGCAAAUGAUGGCAGUACGUUUUCUUCUGGGAAUGACCGAAUCACAGAUUGUGCCCUCUACCGCCGUCCUCCAUCAAGCCUUCUUCCCACCCAAAAAGAGCCCUUGGGUUCAGCUGCUAUGGUGGGCAUUUGGAAGUCUCGCCAAUGUCAUGUUGACUAUGAUAUCCUAUAAACUCAUCGUUGAUGAUGGCAACGGAUCACUAGCUGGCAGUAUCUCCUCUUGGAAGUGGCUUCACAUCGUCUGUGCUGUCCUUACAUUUGCGAUAUUUGUACCACUGUUGAUAUUUCUUCCAAAUUCGCCACUCGAUGCCAAGUGGCUUUCGGUUGAGGAAAAAGUCCAUACUAUCGAGAUAAUUCGCGAUACGCAUGCCGGUGUGUCGAACUCGACAUUCAGAUGGUCUCAAGUUCGCGAGUCUUUCGCUGAUUUCAAGAGUUGGCUUUUUAUCUUCCAUAUGUUCUUCAAUGAGCUGCCGAAUAAUACAUCACAACAACUCCCUUUGAUAGUCGUCGGAUUUGGUUUCACACCAGCAGAAAGUGCGCUAUUCAAUAUCAUUAAGCCCAUUUGGGGGUUUAUUUUGAUUAUCGCAUCUGCUGCACUGCUUUAUGGUACGCGACUGGGAACUGGAUAUACCUGCGCCAUCUCUUAUAUACCAUGCUUUGUCGGUGGGAUAAUCGAGCUCGCUGCGCCGUGGUCAAAUAAAGUCGCCCUUGUUGUGGGAACCCAGAUUUCGACAUUCAAGCCAUCUUAUUUGUUAGGGCUGAACUGGGCGGGAACUACAACGACAGGGCAUACCAAGAAGCUCACUUUAAUGACAUCUUGUAUAGUCGCUGCUUCCGUCGCCAACAUGGUAUCACCAGAGUUCUGGGAAUCAAAAUAUGAACCUCGAUACGUUUUACCAUGGGCCUUCAUGACCGCCUUUUGGCUUAUAUCCCCCGCUAUGUGUAUCAUCAUUCGCUUCUACCUUCAGCGCGAAAACAAGCGACGACAGCAAAUUCUUUUCGAGAUUGACUCUGAAUCAGACAAGGAAGAGGUUAUUGAAACAGGGAGUGAGGUUGUCAAAAUUAGUGAUCGUGACCUCGACCGCACGGACAGACAGAACCUAAAAUUCAUUUACCCCCUUUAG